AUGGGGUUGGGCUCGGGUCAGGCCCCAAAUUCCCAGAUGUCCGUUACUUGGCUGAUCACGCGCCAAAUCAAAUUGGUUAAAUGCAGCAAAACCGAAAUUCCAAAACCCCCUUUUGCUUUCUUCUUCUCCAUGUUCAAUCUGAACCCCAAAACCACUCCACGCUACUUCGCUUUUGCCCUGGUUCUUCUCUACGUGUCGUCAUCGCCGCCGUCCUCAUCCUCAUCAUCGCCGCCGUCGCUCUCCAUCUCCGGAUCGGAAAACCAAGCCUCCGAGUGGCACCGAAUCACCGAGUCGGUGAUCUCCAAGCGCGCACUACCGAAUUUCACAGAUUGUAUCUUCAAUAAUGUUGCAAUGGAUGGGAGGUUCAAGGAGGAAAGUGAAUACUUUUCAGAAUCUUGCGUACUUGAUUUUUUCGGCAGUGAUGGAUUGGAGGAUGACCACGUAGAAGGAAGUCCAGUCCAUGAAGCUCAUGUUGCAUUUUCAGUUGAAGGUUUGGGAAAAGUGGGAAUGGAAACACCCGUACAUUCACCAAAACAGCCUGGAAGGACCUUUUCCUAUGAUUGCUCCUCACCAUUACAUGGGACAAGGAAAGUAAACUCAUUUAAGAACCUGAAGCGUCUGGAUGAUAUUGAAAUUGAAAUGGACACAGUAAUGCAAGAUGUCACUAUGCCCCUUACUACCAAUGAUUUAGAGUUCUCUGUGGAUUUAAUGGAGUCAUUCAGUAAUCCAAAGAACAAAUUCUCCACUUUCAGAAAUUGCACACGAUAUGAUGGUCAUGAUAGUAAAUUUGAAACCUAUUAUGGAGGUAGAAAAAUAUUUGACGAAAUGGAAAGCAGCUGCAAAGAUAGAUGGGAUGGUAGGCCUAAGUUCCUUGAGGAAGACUCUUUUGAUUGGGAACAUUAUUUAUCAUUGAAAAGGCCAAGUGAAGUGAACCAUAGAUCUGUUGAUAAUACGAUGCAUAGAGGAUUUGGGAUGCCAGAUUUCACUUUUGAAGAACCCUUUUCCGCGACAAGGUUUUGUUCAAGUAUAACAGACAAGUUCAACAUCUUAGAGUCACCUUCAUACUCAAAGCACCCAGUACUAGAGAACGAUCUUGAUUUUAUGAUUUCCAAUGGGCACAGACAGCAUAUAGGAGGAAGGGAUUUUCAAGGUGUAGCGAGCCUACCUGAUUGGUCUUGCUUUGUGAAUGAAUAUGAUAGGGAUAGUGCGAGCCUGCUGAGUGAAGAGUCAUGCUCAUCAAGUGCAGUGAGGAUCAGUGCAACUGAUGAUUUGCUGCCAAGUUCAACCAGAAACCGCAGCAAGAGAAGACAAGGUGAUUCAUAUGCCGACCCUGAAUUUACAUAUCAUGUGGACAUAACUUCUAGGGAAAUUACACAAGACAGAAGCAGGGACUUUUUUCAGCAGGAGAAUGUGUCACAUAGUUCAGGAAAAUGUAGAAAUAUAUCAAAAUCAUCGAAGUUUAAACCCUCCCACCACUCGAAAACUCAUUUCCAGGAAAAGCCAACCCCAAACUGUAAUUGGUGGUCUGAGGAAAGAUACAUGCCAGUUGAUAUAAAUUCGGGUUCCAGUACUUUCCAUCAACAUUCCUGUCCGUCAGGCUCCAAGCCUUUGUCUCGAGAUCCUUUCCUUGCAUUUAAUUCCCCAAAUUUCCAAGCGGAUGCCAGAUCUUCACGACACUGUGAACCUGUUGCAAGCUCACCUUCAGUCAGUUUUAUCUCCCAGAAAUUUGCAUUUCAUGACUGUCCUCCUGUAACCUCUAGCAUUCAGUGUGGACCAACAAAGCCAGAUCUUUUUCCAUGUUCACAUGAUCAGACCCCAUCUCCUGAUUUGUCAGCACAGGAGAGUUUUAGCAAGGCCGAGGAGGGAAAAUCAAAAUUCCUGCCCGAAGAAAAAUCUAGGCAGGAGGAACAAAAGGCUAUCCUGAAGAACUUGUUCACAGUAAGUGAAGGUGCAGCAAGUGCUUUACAAUCAAAGAACACGAACAGUGAAUGCAAGAACAGAAAGGAUGCAGAUUCAGGACUAGAGGAAAGUAUAAAAACAACCGAUGCAGAGGCAUCAUCGUUUCUUAAGAGUCCAGAUAUAUUUAAUAGCAUAGUGGAUGAAAAAGUAGAAUCCCAUCACUCUGAAAUUCCUCUUCCAUGUCGAAGUCAGAACAAAGAGAUGGAAGAUUCUGAGCCUCAGGAAAUAGAGAAGGAAAGUAAACGACAACGUGAAUUCGUUGACUCAUCUUCUCAGGUUAUGAUGCUUCAGAGCUAUGUUCUUCAGUUUCUUUGUGUGCAGAAGGUACUGAAGGAUGCAGCUGCACAGAAUAGCAUGAAGAAAAUAUAG